UUGAAAACUGAAGCUCCAGGAGGUCUCUGAAAGGGAACCAGCCUUGGCUCCAGCACUUCUCACCAAUGGCCAGUCCUACAGGUCAUGCUGUUACUAAUGGAACUCUACACAGUCCCAAGACCCAGCACAGCAAACGGCAAAGCACUGACUGUGUGAAAAACGGAAUCCCAAAAGAAGCCCAGCAAAAUAAGAAGCCACCUUACUGGGAUAAGCCUAUCUUUGAGUCCUACCCGCGACCUCCAGCCCACAUCCCCGUUCUCACUCACGUGGGAUAUGUGAUUGGAACCCUGUUCGGGUACAUCAGGGACCUUAUGAGGCACUGGGGAAUAGAAAAAUGCAACGCUGCUGUAGAGAGAGAAGAACAAAAAGAUUUUGUGCCACUGUAUCGGGACUUUGAGAGCUUUUAUAAGAGGAACCUUUACAUGAGAAUCAGAGACAGCUGGAAUCAUACCACCUGCAGCUCCCCAGAGGCCUACAUUGAUAUAAUGGAGAAAGUGUCUGAUGACUAUAACUGGACAUUCAGGCAUACAGGAAGAGUUAUCAAAGAUGUCCUCAACAUAGCCUCCUACAACUACCUGGGGUUUGCAGUCAAAUAUGAUGAGUCCAUGAGGUUCGUUAAGGAUACUCUAGAAAAGUAUGGCGUGGGUGUGGCCAGCACCAGAAAUGAAAUGGGUACCUUGGAUAUACACAAGGAGCUGGAGGACCUCAUGGCAAAGUUCAUGAACGUAGAAGCAGUGAUGGUCUUUGGGAUGGGAUUCGCAACCAACUCAAUGAAUAUCCCCAUAUUUGUUGGAAAGGGAUGCCUCAUUUUAAGUGAUGAGUUUAACCACUCAUCUCUCGUCCUGGGGGCUAGACUCACUGGUGCAACCAUAAGACCCUUCAAACACAACAAUGUACAGAGCUUAGAGAAUCACCUGAGAGAAGCUCUCAUCAAAGGCCAGCCUCGCACAGGCAGAGCUUGGAAAAAGAUUCUCAUCUUGGUGGAGGGCAUCUACAGCAUGGAAGGUAGCAUUUUGAACCUGCCCCAGAUAGUGGCUCUCAAGAAGAAAUACAAGGCUUACCUCUACGUUGAUGAAGCUCACAGUAUUGGUGCUAUAGGCUCCAAGGGCCAAGGUGUCAGAGACUUCUUUGGACUGGCUUCCGAAGAUAUCGACAUACACAUGGGGACAUUCACCAAAACCUUUGCAUCUGCAGGAGGCUACAUAGCUGGGAAAAAGGAACUUGUGGAUUAUGUACGGACUCACUCACAAAAUGCUUUUUAUGCUACAUCCAUGAGUCCCGUUCUAGCAGCACAGGUUAUCAGAUCAUUGAAGAUCCUUAUGGGAGAAGACGGGACCAAUGAAGGUGUGCAGAGAAUACAGCAACUGGAAGCAAACAUAAAGUACUUCCGGAAGCGGCUGACAGAGAUGGGAUUCAUCAUCUACGGCAAUGACUGCUCUCCCAUCGUCCCCAUGCUCCUCUACAUGCCUGCGAAAAUAGCAAUUUUUGAAAGGCUUAUGCGUAAGAAAAAUAUUGCGGUGGUGGUUGUUGGAUUUCCAGCUACUUCCCUGACAGAAGGUCGGGCUAGAUUCAGCAUUUCCUCAGCACACACUCGGGAGAUGCUGGACAAAGUUUUGAAAGAGAUUGAUGAACUCGGUGAUCUGCUGAAUGUGAAAUAUUCUUCAUUCAAGGAGUCAGGACGUGCUGCACUUGACAACAAGAAGUGUUCUGACCAUGAAUCGAGCUUUGACCAGAUGAGCUCUGAGCCUCGAGCAUAAGCUUCCUGGCUUGGAACAGAAUGUAAAGCCUGCCAGAAAGACCUCCCUCCCUCUCUGUCUCACAAGUAAUAUAAUUGUAUUUUACCUCUUCCUAAGGACAACUUUAUUUUUCAAACCAGCUUAACUGAAUGAGGGAAAUAGUCAUUUCUCUACUAUCUCUAAUCCACUGCUGUUAUAUAUAUAUAUAGUUUAAGUUUUUCCUCUCUUUUGAUGGAAACACACACACAUACACUUUUCUUAGAGUAUAUUCUUUUAAUGGCAGUGAACCUGUGUUUUAGCUGCUACUCUCCAGAUUUUGGAUCAGACCUUUUCAAGAGCUCCAACUAAAUGAAAAGAUUUUGAUUUUUAACUUGAAAAAAUCACUGUGCAUUUGAGUGUGGCAUCUGCACACAUGAAAAAGAGUGUCAGGGAAGAGCUGAGUCCCUUGUUCUACCCACAGCAGUUCAUAUGUAUCUUGGGAAGUUCCAGGAAAGUCAGAGGGCAGCAUGACUUUUGUUUGCCACAUUUGGACUGUAUCCAAGGACAGGUGUCAAAGACACAGUUAAUGCUUGGCAGAGAAGGCAGAACUGGCCGGUGGCAACCAGUGAUGUCUUUGAAAUGAACCUUCUUUUUCCUCUGGGUGUUCCACAACUUUAUUGUUAACCUUUAAGGAUUGGCAAGUUCAUGGCUCUCAUUUUCUAAAGAAGAGGAAGAAAAGCAAUCACAAGCAAUCCAGUUUUGGACCUAGACUAAAACUGCAAAAUUAAAACAACCCAAAUGAUGCUGGUGCUCCGCAAAGUGGGCUUAGCAUGUUUGGCCUUUAUUGCUUUAAGGAACGGCUUCCCAUUUCUCUAUUGAAUUCUGAAUACAGAGCGAAACUCAAUUUCCUUUAAAACACAUUCCCAACUUACAUUUGAAAAAUGGACUGGUUUACUCUUUGAGGUAUUUAAAGGCUAUAGAGAUAUAGGUCCAGUAAAUUGUGUCUUCUCUGGCACCUCUACUCAGCUCUGGUGAGAAGUGGCAUCGCACACUGUUGUACAACUAUGAUUCACCCCCCUCCCCCGCCCUGUACACACAAAACGACAGAAACGUCUCUGAAAAAAUUAGUCCCCUGCUAAUUGGUUCUAGUUGGUAUGGAAAAAACCAGUGGAAAACCUUAUCUUUAACAAGCUCCCAGAUGGUGCCCAGACUUGGAAACUCCAAAGAGCAGUGGUGACCUUUUAGCCAAGCUUCUGUAACAGUUCGAAUGAGUUACAGAACAUUCCACUCCAUCAAAUGACACUGUAAACAAAUCACUUCAAAAGAGGUUUGGCUCUGUGUGACACAGAUGGGCCCAAGCUUUCAUGCUGUGCACGGAGACAGAAAUUCAACCUGCAGCACUAGCGCUGGACAGGGCAAGGCUGAUGUUCAAAGCUCACUCAAGAAGAAAGUGAUCACUGUAUGGCGCUGUUUAAGGACCAUAGCUCGCUGGUGGAUUAUAAUUAUUCUAGUGAAUCGCUUGGGGCUGGAGAGGUGGCUUGGCAGCUGAGGGCACUUACCUCUCUUCCAGAGAGGACCUGAGUUCAGGUCUCAACGCUGAGGUUGGAUUGUUCACACCCACCUGUAACUCUAACUCGGGGCUGUCUUGAUGCCUCUGUGGGCACCGGAAGUCACAUGAACAUACCCACACCCAGACCCACACACAUACAUCUAAUUAAAAUAUAACAAAAUCACCAUUAAAAGUGAUUUCCGGCUAUAAAGUGCCUCACAAAUGCUGAAAGCUAAAGGAAUGCUGUGGUGAUGGAGGAAAAGGAGCGACCUGAUGACUAAAUUCCAGAGUGAGAUGGCGCAGCACUGCUUCUGCAGAGAAAAAGCACCGUGUUGAUGCACAAAGAGGGGAAGAUGGGCAGGUCUCUCCUUUGUAAUUUGUGUAUUUAAUGGAGUUGUCCUUAGCAUAUCAUCUAAACAAAAUGCAGAAUACUUGCAGUUCAAAACAGGAAAUGGAAGGAUCAAGAGGGCUGAGAGAGUGCUGCGCUUGCUGCCAAGGCCUGCAAAGUAAUAACUACCCCCUUCUUCUCUAGUCCUGUCUGUGAUGUUCACCUACUGCCACACCUGCCCUAAGACUUCCAGCCGCCAGAUGAACAGGUGUCCUCCUGAACAAGAGUGUUGGCGCUUAUUACUUGCAUGGAGGGACCUGAGUUCAGUUUAUCGUGGAGGAGGUAUUUUCCUGCCCAGCGUCCGGAGCAAGGAGGGAGGUUCUCUCCUUUCCAUUAAGAUCUGAGGGUCCUGAAACAGCUUGUUACCUUCCCAUAUACAUAUGGAAAGACUUACCUUUGUCAGAGUCUACAAUGAAUACACCUCAGGAGAAGAAUUGCAAUUUCAAUGGAAUGCUUCCUGAGUGAGGAGAGGCCCUGACUUUAUCUGGUAGCGACCUGAGUACAUAUCAUAUAGAAAUUUGUAAAUUAUAAGAAAUACUGAUUUUAAUAAGAAGAAAUCCUCUACCACGAAGGUUAGUUAAGGCUGAUGUCAAUUCAGGGGAAACUGCUGAGUUUACUAACCAGAGGUCGGCUCUGCGGAGAUUAAGGAUUCAGUGAGUUACAGUGUUUGACACCCCAACCACCCUAUGUGCAUGGACUCACAGGCACGCAGACACACGCAUGAAGACUUUUACUGUAUGUUUUAGAAAGGAAGCAAGGGAAAUGAUGAUACCAACUGAAGGUAUCUGAAUGAUUGAGAGAUAGGUGUUCUAGAAAUCAGCUUUGGGAAAAACAGAAGCUGAAGGUUUCAGACAUAUUUGUAAGGAAGAAAAUUUUGUAUGAUGAAGAAAUGACAAACACUCGUUUUUAAUCUUAUCAUGGUAGGAUAGUAUCAUGGACACUUACAGCCCUGCUGCCUUUCAACAUGUUUCAGUUUGACAGAGACCACAGGCUUCAGAAUUUAUUAGGAGGCCUGUUAACAUGACAGCCAUGUGGCUCACAGCAGACCACCACUGACUCUGAUUGCAGCGGUGCCCAGGGGACUGCAUUUUAACAAGCCUCCCCAGGUAAUGCCAAUGGAUGCCAGAAUUUGUAAGCCAUUAUUAGAGUGUUCAGUAGACCAGUGGGCUCCUAUAACAUAGCAGGGAACUUUUCUGAUUCUUUGUUAAUGUUUAAGGGUAUUUAUAUUAGUAAGCUGAAAUGAAUUUAGUUCGUGCUUUUCCUUUUCUCCUCAACGGGCCAUAUUCUAAGGAAUGUCUGUCUUUACAAAAAAUAGGCCCAACAUUGAAAAGGUCUUCACAAGAUGCCUCUUGGCCUCUUUUUCCUUUGUGUUGGUUUCCUUUUUCCAGAUAUCUCCGCCAUUAAAAGGAAAAGUUCAGCCUUUGACUGUUACAACUUCGCAGUGGUGUGUUAUUCUUGCCAGCUCUCACAACACCCUCUACAUCUUCUUUCAGAGGUGGCAAACAUGAAAUCCUAGCUCUUGUUUUAAAACCCAAGUUCUGGUGAAUACUUAAACUGUCUUAAAUACAGGCUUUGAUUCACAACAAUCAUAAUUUUGAAAAUUGUAAAAAUGUAUUUGUAUUCUGUUCUCUUAGAACACCACACCCUGCCGUGUGUGAACUAUUUUAUAAAUCAGGAAGAGAGUAUCUCCCCGGUGCUGGGAGAGACCUCAUUGAUAAUGUAUCUCGCAUGCAAGCACCAGGAUCUAUCUGAGCUUACUUACAGAAAAAGUAUGGAGGUAUUAUACAGGAUUAUACAAGUAUAAUCCUGGUGCUGGGAAGGCUAACCCAGGUAGAUUUCUGGGGCUUGACAGCCAAUCUACCUAGCCUUAUUGGGGAGCUCCAGGUCCUAAUGAGAGACCCUCUCGCUAAAAAUAAGUGUAUAGCUCCUGAGGAACAGCACUCAAGGUUGACCUCUGGCCUUGACACACACACACGCACACUCACACACACAAAGAGAAGACCUUUUCCAGGCAAAUACUGUGUAUCACGUUGUGGUGUUGUGAAAUGUGAUGUAUGCGGCGUGAGUAUAAUGUUUGUGCUCCACUGAAACAUUUGAGAUGAGCAGCUUCGCUUCACUCUGCUGUAAAAGGUUACUUCAAUAAAUAAAUCAUUCAAAUUGAC